AGCGUUCCGGUACGAUGCCGUGUAGAAACCGAACGGAGUGUGGAUUUUCAUCCACCUCCUACCAAGUUAGCCCGCUUCCAUCUUAGAUUGCAUCAUCACUUACCAUCAGGUGAGAUUGUAGUCAAGGGCUAACUUGUAAAGAACAAAAAAAAACAAAAGCUAUUUAAGCAGUAGCUCAGAGACGCCCGAGAAAAAAAAAAGCACGCGAAAGUUAAAAAAAAUCGCAUGCCGCGGGAUUUACAUUGGCGUUGAUUGUUAUAAAUUGUCUACUUUUGGUCCUUCUCCGUGAGUCGUAAACCUCUUGUAUGAGAGUCGUGACCACUUCCAUCUCUGAGAUUUAUCCUUAAAAUCUUGUGCCAUCUUGUUCUAUCUCCGGCUAUUUGGACAGCAUCGUAGACAGUGGACGCGAGUGUAGUGCGGACCUGGUCUAGCGACGCAUCGGGCUGCGCCGUCACGGCCUUUUCCUUCCACCUUGCCAGUAACAACAAAUUUUUCCAGAUUAUUCCUGGCAAUGUGUCCAAAGUACCUACUUUGGAAUACACUUGAGAGAGAGUCUUAUAAUCUUGAGCUUGGCAAGAAUAGAUGCGUUGGUUCGAAAUGCAGUCCAUAGAAUUCGGAGCAUUUUCCUCCAACACCACAUCUCGAAAGCGUCAAUCGUCAAUUGCGGUCUGCAGAUUUUAGGGCCCACGUCUCAGCCCCAUAAUUAUAGAAGAACGGAGACGUGUACGCUUAAGUUUUAUCUUUGUUUAUCUAGAACCUGCCUUCCGAACCGGUGGUAGAAUCUGUACAAAUAGUCAACUGACGUGUCAAAAGUGCUUGUAAACUGAGCCUACUUGAAAUAAAUGAUAAAUGAUUAAAUGGUUUUCAGCGAGGUGUUACAGUGCCUCCAAGUUUUAUGUAGCUGAGACAUAUGACACUCUUAGUCAUAUCCCAAUCCUUCUUCGUAUGUCCAAUUCACAUGAGUUAUUAUUCCUGAUGUUGGAUCCGACAUAAAUUAAUUAUCCGACAUAUUACAUAGGUUGAGUGCGCCAGUGCGAUCUAUCUAUUGACCAUGAUUUUGAUGUUUGCUCAUAGAUAGACCCAAGUUCAUACUGACUCGUUCCAUUAUUUCCAGCAAAGUGCACGUUUCUAUUCAUCUGCGGCCAGGAGCGUAUCAAGUUACCUUAAUCCGGCACUGGUAAUGUCAAGAUAUUCUCCCUGUUUGCCACCCCUAUAGGUAUAACAUUGGAUACGGUUGAUAAUACAGUAUUUACGCCCUUGUCUGUGUCGUAGAUUGUUAUUGUAAACAAUUUGCCGGAGUUUCUGCGGACGCAUACGCAUCCCACAUUCUGAUAAUCGUUUGCAGGAAGCCAACACGAUAAGCCGGCCAUUUUUAAACGUUUAUGUAUCACAACAAGUCUUCAACCACUGCCAGUUAGUACUCGAACUUCACGAAACUACUAUUGCAAAUUAAUUCAUUUGUAAUAAUAAUAAUAUAUGAAUUAAAUAAAAAGGUGUAUAAUCACCUAAUUUUUUUAUGGUAAAAGGAACUCUUUGGAAAAGAAGUGUUUUCUGACUAGUUUUACAGCACAGAAAGUCAAAAUGAGGUGUGAAAUACCAAUUUUACGGCGAUGUUGUUUUUGUUUCCCGCUGAGGUAUGGCCUGCUGGUUUGGGCGUAUAUAAAACUGGUUUUAAGUUUAAUAUUCCUCGGUUUAACCAUCGCGGCGAUAAUUUUCGCAUCCCAGAGGCGCAAAGUAUCUUUUUCUAUAGAACUUCCCAUAGUCCUCGUAGUAACGACCGUGGAUAUAGUGUUCAGUGUUCUGUUCAUAAUUAGUGCACACCAAAAAGACUACAAGAAAAUGAGGAUAUUUUAUUGGUACAAUAUAGCCAUACUUAGCUUGAACCUGGCAGUCAUUGGGCUGUAUAUAGCCAACGGGCUCUACUACAUGUUUAUGUCUCCUUACGUGUCACUACUUACAGAAUACUUCUGGUAUAUGAUAGCGCCGGCGAUUGCAAUGACUUUUUUGCUUCUGUUGUCCCAAGGCUACCUGAUCCUCCUGGUGAGAAGUGAAUUCCUGAAGCUAAAGAACAACUCGCACUUUGAGUUCGUAAACAACGCAGCGGACGAGAAAUGCACUGGCAACUUGGAUUUCGAUAAAGACAUUCCCGUGUAACAUUACCUGCUGGGAAGAAGAUUAAUGAAGACAGAAAUUCAUGUUCUCUCAUUUAUUUAUUAGUUUUUUUUUUUAAUUUUUAACAAUGUCAAUACAAAUAUAAAAUACAAAACACUACUAAAAAUUUCUAAAAAAAAAUCAACCCUCCCGCUGCGGGACAUUUGAGUGCCCAAGCAACCGGUGGUCAGGGCUCCAGAGUGAGGAACCUCCUCACAAUACGCGCCGUCUCAAGAAUCACUGCCUUUUGUAUGCGACUCUUGAUCCAAAAGCUAAGUGAAAGCUUCUUAAGAUGUUGGUCGAAGCUUUUCGCUAUAAGACCAUUGACUGAAACAACUAUCGGAACAAUAAUAGUUGACUCAACAUUCGACAUGGCGGUAAUCUCGUGAGCAAGGUCCAAGUAUUUACUCAAUAUUAUCAUCAUUAUCAGCAUAAUAAUUGCCCAAAACUGGUCUCAGGACUCUAAUAAUAAGAGAAGAUAAGUUGCAACGAGACUCACCAGGCUAUUUUAAUGCAUGGGUCCGUCUAUAUCUACAGACAUUUAGCGUGCCAGACACGUACCGUGGCAGACAAAAUAAUAUUCUUCUCUAAAUUUUCCAUUUCGUACUAUUUGACUAGUGCCUACCCUAGUUAAAUACCUUGUGCAUCUGACUUUAUGUAUAUUUUGUGUAGUAUAUAAUGAACUGGUACACCGAGAUAAAGAACAAAAACAAAUAUAGGCAGGUACCUACAUUUACCUACCAAACUGUAUAGAUUUAAGUAAUUAAUAAAAAAAUAAAAAAAAGUAAUUAAUAAUAAUUAUUAAAUAAUACAUCUAUUUAAAAUUAAAAAUGUGAAAUUAUUGUACAUUGAUAGUUAUAAAAUAAAUGCUUAGAAUCA